AUGAAAAUUUCAAAUUUGAUUUUUGGAGCAGUUGUGUUCGCUGACGAUACAUUCGCUGGUAAACGUGCACUUGAUAGAGGAGCUAGACCGGAUAUGACUGCAGUCGAUGGUGUCAAAUGUCCAAGAGGAGGAAGACCGCCGAUGGGUGGAAUGUGUAUUCCCAACGACACAAUCGAAACUCCCGUCGUGACCGAAAAUAUCGACAUCGACGGAAUCACCACCAUUGAUACUACUGUAGAUCCUCUUAAUGGACAGGGAACCACGUCUCGACCACAGAAUGGACUUCCAGAAUCAACUGAUUCUUUGACGACAACCUCUCGACCUGCACCACCAUCAACGACUUCACCGGAAUCAACUACCAGCGACAAAAAGACGACAACUUCUCGACCCGUACCACCACCACCAUCGACGACUCCAGCGGCAGAAAGUACAACCGAGAAAAAGACAACAACCUCUCGAUCCGCACCACCACCACCAUCAAUGACUCCAUCGGCAGCAAUUACUCCGAUCGACAAUGGCAACAUAGUCAACACUGAUGAGCCAUCUUAUUCUGGAGUCAGUUCUGAUGAACAUCCAUUUUGGUGGAUUCUGCCGCUUACCUGUGUUGGAACCGGAACUGUUCUAUUGGGUCUUUCAAUCUACGCAUGUCAUAAGAAGGCUUCUCCCCCUGGUCCUCAAUAUCUUCCAGGACAAAUCAUCGGUCAAGAAUCAACCCUGACAAAAUGUCCACCAGCAGAAAACAGCUUUCCCAAUGGAACUUCGUUAGUUCCAACGAUUCAACAACAACAAACCUUCCAACAAGUCUCCAUGACUCAACAAUCAGCAUAA